AUGUUGACUUUCACUCUAUUUCUAGCAUUUUUGACAAGUUCAGUUUUCUCGCAAAAUUCAACAAUUGAUUGUUUUGCUGAUCGAGAUCUUGGAUAUACUUGCGAUCAAAAUGGUAGUUCAAGAAUGUUCUACUAUCUACCAAGACUAGGUGAGAAAAUGAAAAUAUGAAAACACAUUCAGAUUCACCUUGUUGAUUGAAUGUUUUCGUGUUGUGUUUCAUUCUUUUUUAUAUAGCCAGUUCUGAUUGGUUGUAAUAGUAAUAUGUUAUGUUUCGUGUCCAGAAAAAUACAACAAAAAAUUCUGGAGAAAAACUAGUUUAUUUUUUUCUAGGAACAUGUCAACCUUUUCAAUAUGGCGGCUGUGGUGGAAACUCAAAUCGUUUCAAGACCGCCAAAGAAUGUAGAGAUGCUUGUAGCAAUGCCCAAGCUAGAAGAGAUUCUGGAUCUUCGGAUGUUACUAUUCAAAUGAAAAGUGAGUUGAAACAAAACCAAAUUUUCAAAGCGUAACUAUAUUUUUCCAGCCGCCUGUUCCGCAAAAUACGACACUGAUCAUCUUACACCUGUUAGAUGUCAAUCGAACUCAAAUUCCUGCUCCACUGGACAUCAAUGUAUUUCUGGAUUCUGUUGUCCAACUGCUAAUUAUUUGUGUAAUCUUACAUACGAUUCUGGAAAAUUUGCCGUUGGCGGAGCAAAAAGUGACAAAUAUUUCUGGGUUCCAAAAUACAGUACCUGCAUGAGAUUCUCGUUUUAUGGAACUCUUGGAAAUGCGAACAAUUUCCCGAAUUACAAUUCAUGUAUGCAAACUUGCUCAAAUGGAACUUCAAGUCACUAA